UACUGCAGCAGGGAUUAGGGAUUGCUGCGUGGACAGCAUGUUGCACAGUUUCUUCCGGCUGUCGUGCUUUCCCGGUCUGGUGCGCUGAAUAGCUGCAGAGGAGCGUGCACAGGUGAAGGCCUGGCCAUUAGACGGGCUGUGGCUCUGAGGCUAGCUGCAUCUGCGUUCGAGCUCUUCAGACGGAGCAGCUGUGAAGCUGCAGAUCCUCCAGCUGUGGGCUUCGUCUUUUUUGGUGAGAGGCUCUGUCCUCAGAUCCCAGUUGGACUAGUUUGACGGCUGAUCUUCAGCUGCGGCGCAGAAACAUGAGCACGGUCAAGAAGAGCAGCUUCUCUCCCUUCGGCCCAGUUUCUUCAGUUUUGAUGCGUUCUGCCGCCACCGCCACCGGAGACAAACCAGGCCCUCCGGUGAAAGGCGCCUUCUUCCUGGUAGAGGACAAUGAGCGAGCCAAAGAGGGGGCUCUCUGUGAGCAGCAGCAGCCCUCGCUGUCCCGCGUGGUUGAGGAGUUCUUCUGGAUUGGCAGCAGCAUCAUCGCCUUCUCCAAGUGGCGGCUGGGCUACAUGGUGGAGAAAUGUAUGAGCUCCAUGCAGAUGGGGACCCAGAUGGUGAAGCUCCGUGGCGGCUCCAAGGGACUGGUUCGCUUCUUUUUUUUGGACGAGCACAAGUCCUGCAUCCGCUGGAGGCCGUCCCGCAAGAACGAGAAGGCCAAGAUCUCUAUUGACUCCAUCCGUGAAGUUUGUGAGGGAAAACGGUCGGAGAUCUUCCAGCGGUACGCAGAGGGCAGUUUCAACCAAAACUGUUGCUUCAGCCUCUACUAUGGGGAACACAUGGAGUCUCUAGACUUGGUGUCCGGCACCGGAGAGGAUGCCAGAACUUGGAUAACAGGCCUCAAAUAUCUAAUGGCUGGCAUCAGCGACGAGGACAGUCUGGCGAAGAGGCAGCGUACCCGUGACCAGUGGUUGAAGCAGACCUUUACUGAGGCGGAUAAGAAUGGCGACGGCAGUUUAAGCAUCAAUGAGGUUCUCCAGCUCCUCCACAAACUCAACGUGAACCUGCCCCGGCAGAAGGUCAAGCAGAUGUUCAAGGAGGCAGACACUGACGACAAUCAGGGAACACUCGACUUUGAGGAGUUCUGCUCCUUCUACAAGAUGAUGUCCACUCGCAGAGACCUGUACCUGCUCAUGCUCACCUACAGCAACCACAAAGACCACAUGGACACGGAUGACCUCACCCGCUUCCUGGAGCAUGAGCAAAAGAUGACCAAGGUGACAAAAGACCACUGCCUGGAGAUCAUCAACAAAUUUGAGCCGUGCUCAGAGAACCAGAAGCAGGGAGUUUUGGGAAUCGAUGGUUUUACUAAUUACAUGCGCAGUCCAGCAGGGGACAUCUUUAACCCUGAACACUACAGUGUGAGUCAGGACAUGACGCAGCCUCUGUGUAACUACUUCAUUGCCUCCUCACACAACACCUACCUGAUGGGCGACCAGUUGAUGUCGCAGUCGCGGGUGGACAUGUACGCCUGGGUGCUGCAGGCUGGUUGCCGCUGCGUGGAAGUCGACUGCUGGGACGGUCAGGACGGGGAACCCAUCGUCCAUCACGGCUACACGCUCACCUCCAAGAUCCUCUUCAGAGACGUCGUUGAGACCAUCAACAAAUACGCCUUCAUCAAGAACGAUUACCCGGUCAUUCUGUCCAUUGAGAACCACUGCAGCGUUCCUCAGCAGAAGAAGAUGGCGCAGUACCUGACUGAGAUCCUCGGGGACAAACUGGACGUUUCCAGCAUCAAGGUGGAUGAGUCCGGGCAAUUGCCGUCCCCCGAGUCGCUGAGGGGGAAGAUCCUGGUGAAGGGGAAGAAACUGCCUCCUAACAUUGAUGAGAACGCUGAAGAGGGAGAUGUGUCCGACGAAGACAGCGCCGACGAGAUGGAGGAUGACUGCAAGCUGAUGAAUGGAGAUUGGAAGACCACAGCCAACAGGAAGCAGGUGGAGAACAUGGCCAAGAAGAAACUGGACAGCCUGAUGAAGGAGUCCAAGAUCAGAGACUGCGAAGACCCGGACAGCUUCACCAUCGGAGCGCUGCCCCCUGCUGGGAAGCCUGGGGAAAACAGAGGCUGCAAAGGUAAAAGUGACGACAGCACCGACACGACAGAUGAAGCUCAUCCCAGCAGCAGCAAACGCUCUGGACGCUCUUUCAUCGGGAGCUUCUCCAAGCGCAAGAAAAAGGCCUCCAAGCUGAAGAAGACGUCCAGCUUUGAAGACACAGACACAGACCAGGAGAGCAGCAGCGCCUCACGCGCCCCUCCAUCCCACAGCAAGAAGAAGAAGACCAUGAAGCUCUCCAGAGCUCUGUCCGACCUGGUCAAGUACACAUGCUCAGUGGGCCUCUACGACAUCGAAGCUCAGGCGGGCUGCAGCUGGCAGGUUUCAUCGCUAAGUGAGACCAAAGCUCACCAGGUGAUGCAGCAGAAAGCCACAUCCUUCAUCCUCUUCAACCAACGACAGCUGUCCCGCAUCUACCCUUCCUCGUACCGCGUGGACUCCUCCAACUUCAACCCGCAGCCUUUCUGGAAUGCAGGCUGCCAGCUGGUUGCACUCAAUUACCAGUCUGAGGGCCGCGUCCUGCAGCUCAACAGAGCAAAGUUCUAUAGCAACGGCAACUGCGGAUACAUCCUGAAGCCCACCUGCAUGUGUGAAGGUGCCUUUAACCCAAACCUGGAGGACCCCGUGCCGGGACGCAUGAAGAAGCAGCUGGUGCUGAAGAUCAUCAGCGGACAGCAGCUGCCCAAACCCAAAGACUCCAUGCUGGGAGACAGAGGAGAGAUUAUCGACCCCUUCGUGGAGGUGGAGAUCAUAGGCCUGCCGGUAGACUGCUGCAAAGAGCAGACCAGAGUGGUGGACGAUAAUGGGUUCAACCCCAUGUGGGAGGAGACUCUAGUGUUCAUGGUGCACAUGCCCGAGCUGGCUCUGGUGCGUUUCCUAGUGUGGGAUCAUGACCCCAUCGGGCAGGACUUCAUUGGGCAGCGCACCAUUUCCUUCAACAGCAUGAUGCCGGGUUACCGCCACGUGUACCUGGAAGGCAUGGAGGAGGCCUCCAUCUUUGUUCAUGUGGCUGUGAAUGACAUCAGUGGUAAGGCACGAGCAGCCAGCGGCAUAAAAGGUCUGUUUCACAGAAACCCAAAGCAGUCUUCCCUGGACAGCCAUGCUGCUGUACAGCAGGGCCGUAAGCACCCAUUCGGCGCCCACCUUCUGCGGCGCACAGCCAGCGCCCCCACCAGAGGGCAGCCCAAAGUCCGGAAGGGCUUUCCAGAGAUGGACACCAAAGACUACAGUUCUGAGGGCGCCAGCGAGGAGCGGGACUCUGAGGAUAAGGCAUCUGCCACCGCCUCCUUCCAGUUUACGCCCCCACGGCAUCACAACGGGGAAUCGCUCAGCCCACCCCGAAGGAAAGGCAGCUGGGAGCACCCUGACUCAAACGGAGCUUUCUGCCCUGAGGGGGGUAAAGACUGCUCCUUGCCUCAAAAUCCAGCCCCCCCUCCUCAUCCUCCUGCACCCACAGCAGGCGAUGGCCAGAUCUUCACACCUGGACCGGACCAGAGAGCGUCUCCUCAUCACCUCACAUCCACGGCUACCGUUUCUUUAAAAGAGGCGACACGCAGCAUCCUGUGCCCCCCACUGACAGGGAAACCUGAACACCACUCCCAGACAAACAUCGUUUCUUCAUCCUCCGGGAAGGAUCUGCCCCGGCUGCAUGAUGAAGGCACCCUGCUGGAAAGCCAACACGCUGAAGCGAACUUGGCUCCCUCCCAUCCCAUGCUCCCCCAGGGAACGCCCACAGCCCACGCUGCGCCUCUGGCCCACACCAGGAGGGCUCUGUUCAGCGACCUGCCUGGACACACACCAAUGAGGAGGGCAAAGAGCGAGGGCCACGUCCGGGCCCCCCCUGCCCCAAGUGGCCCGGUCCAGUCGGUGGUCCCAGAAGUGUCCACAGACGCCACUGCGAACGACCGGCUGUGGAGCAAACUGGAACCCGGCAGCCACCGGGACAGCAUGUCAUCGUCUUCAAGCAUCUCCUCCAAUGACACCGUCAUUGACCUCUCUCUGUCCAACCUGGCCUGGAGAAGCCAUGCCCACCCCCCCAGCAGCACCGCAGAGCCCCCCUGGAUAAACUACCGCCACUCUGCUUUGGUCUGCUAUGAGGUCCCCAGAGUGGACAAGAGUAAGUCCAACCCAAACCUGCAGCAGAGUGACUGUUCUACCCCUGAAAGGGGCCAGGACGCCCUGAAGGACCCCCCUGUUGAGCUGGGUGGGAGGAGGCACAGCUGGAGCCGGCUCUAUAUGGAGGGGCUCAAAAAUUCGUCAGGGCGUGGGUCGUCCUCUGCAGCUGCACCGUCCAUGUCCAAAAGCCUCGGGGACCUGACCUCUGAUGACAUCUCAUGCAACUUCGACAGCAAGUAUCGCAGCAUCAACCGCAGCUUUGUGGUCCGGUCCAACAGGGAGCAGCACCGAAGGGGGGGUCUCACCCGACCAGCACCACAGAACAACCUCACAGAGCAGCUGCGGAGGCUCACCGACGUGGAGCCGCUGACUGCCCGUGACUUUGCCUACCAAACACAAGACCAGCAGGAGGACGCUGUGGAUGAGAGUUUGGUGAGACGGACCUCCUCCAGGAGCCAGAGCCGCGUACGAUACAUCGCCAACCGGGCCAAGAAGGCCCAGGAGCGGCAGAGGCUGCAGGGUCUGCUGCAGGGCAGGAGCGCCAGCUUCAGCCACCCCGUGAGCCCCAUCGAGGAGAGGGGGAACCCUGAGGGGGCGUGCUGUGUGACCCGCAGCCCCUGCAGCGGCCUGGACAUGCUGAGUCGGCCCAAUUCUACAGAGUCUCCCUCCCCAGCACAGACCGAGCCUGGAAACAGUGAAGUCUUUUUACGGCUCAAACUCUAAGAACUUCAGAAGUUCUGAGGAAAGCGGGGUUCCUGCAGAACUGUUCUUCAGGAGGACUGCAUGUUUCCACCCAAAGGCUUUUUCUGCAUCUGCAUUCAUGAGCCAUGGACUGGUGAGAAGACGUCAGCAUCUCAUGACUUGAGUUCAGGCCAAACCGGUUUUGAAUGUAGGUCCUGAGUGUGCUCCUAACCCACACACAGGCUCCAAGAGCCCAUCUCCAAGAGCGCCUCCGCCUUUUCCUCCGGACAGGAAGCAGCUGCUCUGUCCUGUCCAGGGGGAACUGCUGGUCUGCAAUGUUCUCCUAGUUGAGUGUCUAGCAGCCCCCAGUAGUUUACGAGAGGAUUCAAGUGAUACUUUUUAUUUAAUUACCCUGUAAUGUUGUGCUUUUAACUGUGGUAAAAACUAGAUUCAAACCAAGAUAUUACCCACCCAUCCACAAGCAAUAUCUGCGGAUCACUGCCGGUUCUGCUGGAGCAGUGCUGAGGUCCGAUGGUUUGAGCCUGAGAACCGCAUGCCUUCUCUACACUGAAACCACCAAGCUCUGCGUUGGUUUACAAAGUUUUUAUAUAAAGAUUUGAUAUUCCAAGAGUGUUUUCUCUUUGUCUGCUGGAGGCAGUGGGGCUUCGUGUCGUAGCCCCCCCUGCCGUCCCUCAUUGUGCUACUAAGACCAGAUGAUCCGCUGUACUGUCACCCUGCUGCCAUGACCCUUUCUGCUAAAUUUUAAGGACAAUUUUGAAUUCAAACAAUGUGUAAUUAAGAGCUAAAUAAAUCUUAAGUCCAUAUUAA